CAUGAACAAGUAGAAGAAAAAGAGCAAGACUAAUAAAUAAGCCAGAAGAGACAACAUGAACAACCAAGAUGAGAUCAAGAUCGAGGCCGAGAGCAAGAACGGCCUCAACGACCAAGAACAAGAAGUCAAAAUAGAUAACAUGAGCGACCAAGACAAGAACAAGAAGGAGAUCAAGAUCGAAGCAAAGAACAAGAAUGGCCUCGGCGAAGAGUGGCCAGAACCCAUCGUCCGAGUCCAAUCUCUAGCAGAGAGCAACCUCACUACCCUCCCCGACCGUUACAUCAAGCCGCCAUCUCAACGCCCUCAAACCACCAUCAUCAACCACGAACCGGAAGCAGCUGCCAUAAAUAUACCGAUCAUAGACCUAGACAGCCUCUUUUCCGGCAAUGAAGACGACAUGAAGAGAAUAUCGGAGGCAUGCCGUGAAUGGGGAUUCUUUCAGGUAAUCAACCAUGGGGUGAAGCCGGAGCUGAUGGACGCAGCUAGAGAAACUUGGAAAUUCUUCUUUAAUUUACCCGUUGAAGCCAAAGAAGUUUACUCAAACUCCCCAAGAACCUAUGAAGGAUAUGGAAGCAGAUUGGGUGUGGAAAAAGGAGCCAUUCUUGAUUGGAAUGAUUAUUACUAUCUCCAUUUCCUUCCUCUUCCUUUGAAGGAUUUCAACAAAUGGCCUUCUUUACCUUCCAACAUUAGAGAAGUGAUUGAUGAGUACGGCAAAGAACUAGUGAAGCUAGGUGGGAGACUAAUGACGAUCUUAUCGUCAAAUUUGGGGCUAAGAGAAGAACAACUUCAAGAAGCAUUUGGUGGAGAAGACGUUGGUGCAUGUUUGAGGGUUAAUUAUUACCCAAAAUGCCCUCAACCGGAACUUGCCCUCGGCCUCUCCCCUCAUUCCGACCCCGGCGGCAUGACCAUCCUCUUGCCGGACGAUCAAGUCGUCGGCCUUCAAGUCCGUCACGAUGACACGUGGAUCACCGUCAAUCCUCUCCGCCAUGCUUUUAUCGUCAAUAUCGGCGAUCAAAUUCAGAUACUAAGCAAUUCGAAAUACAAGAGCGUGGAACAUCGAGUGAUAGUGAAUUCGGAAAAAGAAAGGGUUUCACUAGCAUUCUUCUAUAACCCUAAGAGUGACAUUCCGAUCCAACCAAUGCAACAACUUGUCACCUCUACGAUGCCUCCUUUAUAUCCUCCCAUGACCUUUGAUCAGUAUAGACUCUUUAUUAGAACGCAAGGUCCACGUGGAAAAUCCCACGUUGAGUCUCAUAUAUCCCGUCGUUAAUUGAUAUCUACUUCACAAAAUGUCCGAUAAAAGAGAAUCAUUGUAAGUCUUCUUGUUUAUGCAACUCAAUUUCUAGUGUGCAUCGAUAUACACUAAUCUUUUUAAUGUGCUAAAUGUAUUCUGAAGGAUACCGAAGCUAUGGAAGCUUAAAGAACUACCGAGAGAUUCCAAAAUAUCGGUGAAGCUAUAUAUUUAGAUCAAAAUGAAUCAACUAAAUACCG